AUGCUACUUUACUUCUUCAUCACUUGUUUCUCCUUUGCCCUGUUUCUUAAAUCGCUCCCUCUCAAGCCUCUGCCUCCAUGGGCAACUGAGAUGAGACUGCUCUCAGUUUUCUUCUGGAAAGACUUGCUUUUGGGUUCAUAUUUUGGGUCUGCAAAGAACAACUUUUUAAGCCUUCUCCACAGCAACAAGAGAAUGGUUCUUCUAUCUGCUUCAAAUGCAAAAACUGAGAAAGCAGCUGGGGAAGAAGAAGUAGACGGACUAGAAUCCAUGCUAGUCUUGGAUUUGCCGGAACUGGCACUUGAAUGCAUACUUGAGAAGCUAUCCCCUGCAGGGCUUUGCAGCAUGGCUGCUGUGUGCUCCUCUUUGAGGGAAAGGUGUACAAGUGAUUACUUUUGGGAAAGGCAUAUGAAGCAGAAAUGGGGCAGGAUAAUUGGUCCUGCUGCUUAUAGAGAGUGGCAAUGGCAUCAAGCUUCGAGAAAGGAUUUGGGAAGCUACAAACCAGGCGAACAAAAGGGGUGGUCAAGGCUUGUUUCUGCAGUUUGGUCUGCUUUCCCUUGGAUCAAAUUGAACGCGGAGAGUCAGAAUAACAGCAAUGAAAAUGGUUGCAAGGAGAGAAGUUGUAGCUUGCCUGUUGAUUCAACCAUGGCAUGGUACCUUGCUCUUGAGAGUGGCAAGUUCUGGUUCCCUGCACAGGUCUACAACAGAGAGAAUGGUCAUGUAGGGUUCAUGUUGUCAUGCUAUGAUGCUGAUCUUAGCUAUGAUCCUCGUACUGAUACCUUCCAGGCCAGAUAUCCACCACAUGGAAGGAGGCCAGUUGCAAUAGAGACCGGUGUCCACUGGGAAAGGCUAAGAGCACCUCCAGUUGAUACUUCUCCUCAUGAUCUCCAUGCUUCGGAUUGCUUACAUGAUUUGAGCCCUGGUCAUCAUAUUGAGAUUCAGUGGAGAAGGAACAAGGAAUUCCCUUAUGGUUGGUGGUAUGGAGUGGUUGGUCACCUGGAAGCAUGUGACGGGAACGAGCAUUAUUGCCGGUGCCAUAAUAGCGAGACCGUAGUGUUGGAGUUCCAUCAGUAUGCUCCAGGAUCACGGUGGAGGCGAACAACGGUGAACAGAAAGGACCAUCGAGAGGAAGGGAAUGAGGCGGAUGGGUUCUACGGCGGUGUCAGAAAGCUUAGCAAAGAUGACGAAAUCUCAAGGUGGAAACGGCUUUGGCCUUCCGAAGUCCUGGAAUGA